AUGGCUGACACUCUCGACCCCCGAAUGACCUCCGUCCAGCCACGCAUUCGCUACAAUACCAUCGGAGGCAUCAACGGCCCCCUCGUUUUCCUCGACAAUGUCAAAUUCCCCACCUACAACGAGAUCGUCUCGUUGACCCUGCCUGAUGGAACUGAGCGGUCGGGUCAAGUUCUGGAAGCUCGAGGAAACCGAGCUAUCGUCCAGGUAUUUGAGGGCACUUCAGGUAUCGAUGUUAAGAAGACCAAAGUCGAGUUCACCAACCACAGCUUGAAGCUGGGUGUCUCCGAGGACAUGCUGGGCCGUGUCUUCGAUGGUUCCGGUCGUGCUAUUGACAAGGGUCCUAAGGUGUUGGCGGAGGACUACCUAGAUAUUAACGGUCAACCUAUCAACCCAUACUCGAGAGUGUACCCCGAAGAGAUGAUUUCCACCGGUAUCUCCGCUAUCGAUACGAUGAACUCCAUUGCCCGUGGACAGAAGAUUCCCAUCUUCUCCGCUUCCGGUCUCCCUCACAACGAGAUUGCUGCUCAGAUCUGUCGCCAGGCCGGUCUGGUCAAUCGGCCGACGAAGGAUGUCCAUGACGGCCACGAGGAUAACUUCUCCAUCGUCUUCGCUGCUAUGGGUGUCAAUAUGGAGACUAGCCGUUUCUUCACUCGUGACUUCGAGGAGAACGGCAGUAUGGAGCGAGUGACACUCUUCCUGAACUUGGCCAAUGACCCGACAAUCGAACGUAUCAUUACGCCUCGUCUGGCAUUGACCACGGCUGAAUACUACGCUUACCAGUUGGAGAAGCACGUUUUGGUUAUCAUGACUGACCUGUCGGCCUACUGUGACGCUUUGCGUGAAGUCUCAGCUGCUCGAGAAGAAGUUCCGGGUCGUCGUGGUUACCCAGGUUACAUGUACACUGAUUUGUCCACCAUUUACGAACGUGCUGGGCGAGUGCAGGGCCGAAAUGGCUCCAUCACUCAGAUUCCCAUCUUGACCAUGCCUAACGACGAUAUCACACACCCUAUCCCCGAUUUGACGGGUUACAUCACGGAGGGUCAAAUCUUCAUCGACCGUCAACUGUACAACAAGGGCGUUUACCCUCCCAUCAACGUCCUACCCUCCUUGUCCCGUCUGAUGAAGUCUGCCAUUGGCAAGGGCCGUACUCGUGACGAUCACUCCGAUGUCUCCAACCAGCUAUACGCCAAGUAUGCCAUUGGACGAGAUGCCGCCGCCAUGAAAGCCGUCGUCGGAGAAGAAGCCCUCUCCUCUGAAGACAAGCUCUCCCUUGAGUUCCUCGACAAGUUCGAGCGCACCUUCAUCAACCAAUCCGCUUACGAGUCCCGCUCCAUCUUCGAGUCCCUCGACAUCGCUUGGAACCUCCUCCGCAUCUACCCACCCCACCUUCUUAACCGUAUCCCCAAGCGCGUCCUCGACGAGUUCUAUGCUCGUUCUGGCCGUAAGAUUCCUAACAAGGAUACGCGCGACAACUCGGUUCCUGAACAGGGGCAGGACCAGACCACGGAUCUUAUUGAGACUUAG